AGCGAUGGCGACAUUCAGAAGUGAAUUCAACAGCGUGCCGAACACUUAUAACAGCGAUCGCAAUACUACGGCAUUUAAAAAACUAACCACGUGUUUUCGGCAGUGGCUGCAGCAACUGCUAAAACAACAGAAACAACAACGAACUAGUGGUCAGUUUAGCAAAAUCUUUGUACCAGCCAACAAUAACGACAAGUGCUCCAGAUUUGGUGAACAGAAAAAUUAUUUGCGAAAAUUGCGCAAAUUGUUCAAAACGAGUGAGAGUAGUGCAGAAAAAAAUCCAAAGCAAGCGCCAGUGGCUCGAAGACUUGUAGGUCAGGAGCUACAAAUUGUUAACACAUUUUUGUCAUCCACAUUAAUAUCGAGCCAUAGUGCUACUAAAAACACUAUGACGAUCUUGGAUACCACAUAUAUGCGCAUACGCGAUGAUUAUCCAGACAUAGAUGUUGAAAUACGCGGCAUAUUGCUAGCCCAUGCCCAAAAUGGCGCUACGAUAUCAAGAAUCAAAAGUGACUAUCGAAAUAUAAUGGGCUUGGAUUUUCCAGUGCAUGACAAUAUAACAGACUUUUUGCUUACUAUACCAGGUGUAACAGCCGAAUGCUGUGAAACUGGCAAGCGUUUGUUCAAUGUAAAGCCCAAGGAGGAGACACGUCAUCUGCAGGAGAUGAUCAUACAGCAGCGACAACGCACCAGCAGCAGCAGCAAUAGCAACAGCACCGAUGAGCAGCCACCACGUUUAUGGCGCUCACGCUACAGCAAACGGUUUAAGCCAAAUUAUAACAAUAUCAAUAAUAAUUUCAAUCUGCUUGAAAAGCCGCCAGCAGAUAAAAUAGCGCAUGCAGUGCAGGCUGCAACGCCUGCCAAUUGUUACUAUCAGGACAACUGCAAGCAUCUCAAUAAUCAAUAUCAGCUAACAGAGAAACAGCUAACGAAGCUAUGUGAAAUGUAUGCCGCAGCCCCAAUGCUGCCAGCACAGCCUUUGGCGUCAGUUGAUGAGUUUAUGCAAAAGCCGCAACAUGACUUUAUGCCCACACCCACAACAUUGUCAUGUCAAUCGCAGCACGAGUCCAUGUUCACCAUGAACUCCGACUAUGAUGCAUAUCUAUUGGACUUUCCGCUAUUGGGCGAUGAUUUCUUGUUGUAUUUGGCACGCAUGGAGCUCAAAUGCCACUUCAGGAAAUUUAAACAAGUGCUGCAGUCUGGCUUGUGCGUCUCUGGACAAACCAUAAAUGCAGCCAAGGCGCGCAUAGAACAUGUAGAUUUGCCCGAGAUGACACAGAUUAUAGUCAAUAUUGGCUCGGAGGAUAUAUUGCGUGGCAAGGCGCUGGUGCAGAUUCAACAUGACUUUAGACAGUUGAUCAAGGAAAUGCAUAAUCGCAGAUUUGUGCCAGUGCUUACCACAUUGGCACCCUUGGCCAACUAUUGUCAUAGCCAUCAAAUAUGCGAUAAGGUGGAUCGCUUUAAUAAAUUCAUACGCAGUGAGGGCAAACAUCUGAGAGUUAUAGACAUACAUUCAUGUCUGAUCAAUGAAAAUAACAUUGUGCGUUUCGAUUGUUACCAGAACGGGCCACGUAGUGUGACGGGCUCCCCAGAGCCGUAUGUAUUCUGGAACAAAAUCGGACGGCAGCGUGUGCUGCAAAUGAUUGAAGACAAUUUGGAGUAUAAUUUUUAAUGUCGGGAGCUGAAAACGCCGGGGUCUGGUACCAGCGUUAGUUAAAUAAGUUUAAUGUGACGGCACGCUGUUUUUAAAAAAGCCAUGUUAAUCUAUUUUAAAGUGUUUUAUGUAUGUAAUUGUCUUGUGUUAAUGUCUAAUUUGUAAAUUUAUGUGUUUAAUGUGUUAUAUGUACAACUCUAUAAAUAACUGCUUGUAAGCUCAAUAACGUUUUUCAUAUUGUUUUUGUUUUCUAUCUCAAAAACUCUAUGCAAAACGUUUAUGGAUUUACAAACUGUAAUUUAAUUACAACUAUCGUUUUCUCUAACUUACAACAUUGCAAUGUUAUAAGUUACUAACUGUUUCUUCUACUGUAACCAAAUUUUCACAUGCUCAUGUAUAACUAAAUACUGUGCACAGCUUUAUACAUAUGUAUAUAUACAUCUGAGUCAUGUGCAGAUUUGGUUUACACAUGAAAAAUGCAUUUGCUGCACUUAAUUCUUGCUCUUAUGCCUAAUCAAUGCCGCGGCUGAUUAACGCUUAAGUUUCUUCAAGUGUAGCAAUUGCAAUAUUUUCGUGUCCUGUACCUUCUUGUUAAAUUGUAGACUGUAUAGCUAAAUACGCUCAUGUUGCGUUUUUUUCUUACAGUGUACGAUAGUUUAAUUCCAAAGAUAUAGUUACAGUUUUUCUCAUAAUUGUA